AUGUUACGCAUAACAAAAAUAAAACGAGAUCCAUCAUUUGCUAACAAAGGAUUAAUUACUUUUUCACUGAUUAUAACGAUAUUUAAUCUAUAUUAUUUUGUUAUAAAAACUAAAACACCAUUAUCAUUAUCAGGAGAAUUUAGUCCUAAUCCAUGUCAAUUAUCUAUGAAAGAAUCUGAUGAUUGGUUUUGUGAAUUAGAUUCCGAUUGGAAACGUCGAAAAAUGCUUCAUCAUAUACAAAAUAAACGUAAUCGGAUAUCAGAUAUGCGUCCAUUAUUUUUUCAAAAUAAUUGGGAACCAACCAUACAAUGUGAAUUUGAACGACGAGUUGGUAAUAUUGGUGAUGGUGGAAAAUGGGUUUGUGAUAUACAUCGUUUUGGACCUAUGAAUACUACAAAUCUACUGGUUUAUUCAUUGGGUUCGAAUGGUGAUUUUAGUUUUGAAUAUGCAAUCAAAGAACUCUUUCGAAAUGCAGAAAUUCAUACAUUUGAUAAGAGAUUAUAUAGAUGUCCUGAAAAUGUUUGUACAUUUCAUCAGGUUCGCUUAGGUAAUGGAAAAAAUGAUAGUUCAAAAUCUUUACAAAUGGUUAUGAAUGAACUUGGUCAUCAAAAGCGACAGAUUCAUAUACUUAAAGUUGAUAUUGAAGGUGGUGAAUUUAGUUUUUUUGAAGAACUAUUUCAGUCUUCCAAUAAUAAACAAAGUGAUUUACCUUAUAUUCGUCAAAUUCUUUUUGAAAUUCAUCUUAAUGUUGAUAGAAGUGAAUCACCAUGUCGACGUGCACAUAAGUUAUUUGAAUUAUUUCGUUCACAAAAUUUUGCAAUAUUUCAUAAGGAAGCUAAUGUAGUUAAUGCACAAAAUCUUUUUGAAUAUGCAAUGUUACGUUUAAAUCCAUCAUUUUUCAUAUCACCGUUAUAA